GUGACUUUUUGGCAGCUCACAUUUCAUGCAAAGUUUAGUUAAAACCACGAUUACCUUUGGGUUGGUCAUCUUGCUGGGUCUUGCCGUUGCAAUUGCUGUUGCUCGAGGAUAUUUUGCCAGAAGCUCUUGAUGCCAUUUAUUCCACCGCUGCAAACCUGUUGGCCUGUUGGUACCAGCUAGCUACAUCUCUGCUGCUAGCUAACCACAGUUGCCAUUCCUUGCGGUGAUCAAAGAAGGCUCGACCUAGCUUACUAUUACUAACAAGCUAGCUAGUAGUCACUUCCUCAGGUGGUGCUUUAUUCACCCUUCUACCAUUUUUUAACCUACGGAACCAAGUGUGACUCCGUCAUUGUUCUAGCUAGCUAGAAGCUCACAAGACCAAAACAGAAAACACAAAAAGUAUAAAUUUCACGACCAUGGGCUACAAUACGGCACAAGACAAACAAGGGCGUUCAGUCGCUUUCAGCAAGAAGCAACGGGUAAAAGCGAUUCCCAGUCUGUGCUACUAUGACGCUGAAGACGUGGAAGCGCUGUGGUACUCCCGCAAGGAAGUCGAGAGCUUCAGUUUGUUAGCGGACGAGCUGAUUGUACUAGUAGAAUCGGGUGAAAUCCCUGCCAAUGGCCCGGACCACUCCAUGCGUGGCUUGGAGCGAAAGACGGAAGAGGGAAACACAGAAUCCUUCAUGAACCGAGUGGGAGUUUACAACGCCGUUUUGGAUGAACAGGACGCACAGUUGAUCAAAGGCCAGCAACAAGCAAUCAAUUGGGACAAGAUUGCACAACUCUCGCAAAGAGCUAGCAAAGACGCCACUGUGCAAGCCAUCAAGAGAGGCAAACAAGAUCAGGCUGACAUUCAAGCCUAUCAAAAGGAGACUACUAGUAGUGCUGCAAACAGCAGCAAACCAUCUGUCACACCUUCCAAUAGGGUUAAGGCUAGUACUGCGACUCCCACGAGCUCCAGGACGUCUCGUUCCCAAAGAAUCAAGCAAUCGACUGGGGAGCCAGAGCUCACCCUCAGUGAUGUCUUUGCCAAGACAAACUCCAAAAAGAAGUCUAACGAUAGCUGGAUCACUGCGUCCACAUCGUCUUUGUCCUCCUUUGAAGAGGACGAGUCUGCUCAGGAAAAACGAAAGUCUGCAGCUGCUGCUGCAGCCUCAACCCCCACUAGUACAGCCUAUGUGGCUCCCGGCAAGAAGUCGGGCACUUCUGGAACACGUGUCAGGAACAAGAUCAAGAGAAACUGCACUUUCAAGCAAACAACCCAAGUGCCCGGAAGGCUCCGUGGUGCCGCAUUGGCCAGUGCUGCUGCUUCGAAAGCCUGCACAAAAAGCCCCGUCUCCCCUGAGCCUGCAAAACCAGCAGUGACAACAACUACAAAGGCAGUAGCCAAGCCAAUAACAGUGAAGGCGGUGGCCAAGCAAUCAGUGACGACAAAGCCUGCUGCUACCUCACAAUCUCCUGCAACCAUCAAACCAACCGCCGCAACGACCGUGGCUCCUCCCAAAUCCAGGGCUUCUGUUUCACCCAAAGCGUCGAAAAGGCGCGCUUCUACUGCAACAACCUCCACGACAGCCAAUGUCGUCAGGAAGACAACUGCCAGGUCUGUAUCGCCCAGCAAGAAACAAGUUGUUACACAGCUCAAAGCGACCAAGAAUCCUCCACGAAAGACAAAGUCGGCAUCUGAAGCAACACCAUUGCCACUCAGGUCAAAGGUACUUCCGACCACCACCAGCCGAGGCAGCAAAGUCAUGCCAAAGACGACGCAGCGCAGGUCUGUCCCAGCCGCUCCUGGCAGAGGACCGGUUGCAACCACCCCAAUUCCGGGCAGAGGAAAGGGGCGUGCGCUUGAUCUUUCCUGUGUCUUCAACUAAUAAGGGAGACCACAGGAUGCAUUCGCUCGUCUUCUCGGACUGUCCAUUAUCAUUGUUGUAAUUCAUAGACUUUUAAUAAAAAAGGAAUGAUAGAUAGAUACAACUCUCCCUAUCCACUUGCAAUAGCUGAACGCACUGCCUCGACAAGUAGACGAAAGCGGUCUGGUCUAGCAAGAACGAGACAAAUGACCUGUGCAGGACGCAGCAAAUCAAUCGGCGCGGAUGUGCGAUUGGAUCCUGUGAGUGACCACGCCUUUUAGCCUCUCUCGCGCCCUCCGCAGCUUGUGCGGUCCUUUUGCCAAUCCUUCUUGUGUCUUUCGCCCCCAACCUUGCACAUCAAAACGAAACGAGGGGAGGAGGAGCCAGCUAUGCGUCUUCAGCCCAAAUCCUUUUGCCAAUCCUCCUUGUGUUUUUCGCCCCCCAACCUUUUUAACCUUGUACAUCAAAAAAGGAACGAGGGAGUUGAAUGUAAUGUAUUGAUCUAUACUGCUGAAACUUUUAUAGAAAGUGCAAAUGUGCAACAUGCAAACAGGGUGUCUCUUCCCCACACCCAUUUUUAAAAGAAGCACUCCAAUCUAAGCAGAUGGAGGCACCACUUCUUGUUCGCUCUUCUCUUCCG